AUGGGACAGAAACUUCGCCUGCAACAACCACAACAAUCAGUCGAACAACCACAACUAGCCAAACCACAACAACCAGUCAAACCACAACAACCAGUCAAUCCACAACAACCAGUCAAUCCACAACAACCAGUCAAACCACAACAACCAGUCAAACCACAACAACCAGUCAAACCACAACCACCAGCCAAACAACAACAACUAGUCGAACAACAACAACCAGCCGAACAACAACAACCACAACCACAACUCCAUUCAGUUUAA